GCGAUAAGAUAAGUGACGGACCAGCUCCGAGACAGCACUCGAAGACGACUCGACGCGGGCUCAACACCAGAACCAGGACGUUGCGCGCCUGGGAUCGCUCAAACGCCACGACGUAAUCCCCCGCAAGCUUUUUGAACGGGAUGAGAAUGGCCGAUACGUCGCGAUCGCUUCACACCGCAUGCCCCCGAUCAGCGCAAUGAACAAUGGGGCGCCGAGUGCAGCGCCGUCGAGCGCAUCCCGUCCGCCGACCGGCCACGACAACGGCAACCCUUAUGAUGCCCCGGACACCCACGAUGAUGCGGACGAAUUAGACCUUUUAGGCGACGACGGCGACGACGGCGACGACGACGACGACGCGACGCCCAUCUUCCGCGAUGACCCUCUCCAAACCGACCUCUCCUCUCCGCUGACCUUCAAGCGAAAACAAAAGCAGCAAGGCUUCCUCUCCCAACCCGCACGCCUGUUCAGUGCCCUAACGGGCCGGGCUUUCAACAGCAGCAGCAGCAGCAACAACAACAACAACACAUCGUCCCCCCGGAUCAGUCAUGACCUGCCCCCACUACCACCCCACCGGUACCCUCCACCUCCACCCCCUGACACAACGACGACGACGACGGGCCUCAACAUCCUCCACCCCGCCGACCAAGCCACCACCAACAAAGACCCCUCUGCUUCUACGCUACCACACGACUGGUACGCGGACGAAGCGCCCCGUCUCCGGCGCGCCGGGUACGAGGACCUGACGGCGAUCGACUGGAUCUUCGAGUACACCAAGGAGCGGCAGCGGCAGCGCGCGCUGCACCGGCGCACCGCCGCGCUGCCCGUGCUGGGCUACGUGACGCGGCUGCUGGACGCGAGCCAGGUGUGGGUGGUGCUGAUCCUGACGGGCCUCGCGGUCGGCGCGCUGGCGGCGGGGAUCGAUGUCGCGACCGACUGGUUGGGCGAUCUGAAGUACGGGUUCUGCCAGGAGGGCGUGGAUGGCGGCCGGUUUUAUCUGAGUAAAGGCGCGUGCUGCUACGGGUAUGAGGGGACCAGCCAGUGUCGGGCGUGGCGGAAAUGGGGGGAGGUGGUGUUCGGGGAGGGCAGGGGUGAGUGGACGGUGGAGUAUGCGGUUUAUUGCGUCUUUGCGAUCACGUUUGCAGUGUCGGCUGCUCUGCUGGUGAAGGAGUACGCCAUCUAUGCCAGGCACAGCGGGAUACCGGAGAUCAAGACGGUGUUGGGCGGGUUUGUGAUCAGGAGGUUCCUGGGGAUAUGGACCCUGAUUACCAAGUCGCUGGGUUUGGUCCUGGCGGUGGCAUCCGGGAUGUGGCUGGGGAAAGAAGGCCCUCUGGUCCACGUCGCCUGCUGUUGCGCCAACGUCUUCAUCAAGCUGUUUCCCAGUAUCAACAGCAAUGAAGCGCGAAAAAGGGAGGUCUUGUCUGCGGCCGCGGCCUCGGGUAUUUCUGUCGCCUUUGGGUCGCCCAUCGGCGGUGUGCUCUUCUCUCUCGAGCAACUAUCGUACUACUUCCCCGACAAGACCAUGUGGCAGAGCUUCGUGUGUGCCAUGACGGCCGCCAUGGUGCUCCAAGCGUUGGACCCCUUCCGGUCGGGCAAGCUGGUCAUGUACCAGGUGACAUACGAUAGAGGCUGGCACGGCUUCGAGCUCAUCCCCUUCGUCCUCCUCGGCAUGCUCGGUGGCAUAUACGGGGGGCUGUUCAUCAAAGCCAACAUGAAAAUGGCCAAGUGGAGAAAGUCAUCGCCGGCGUGGCUGGGUCCUUUCAGUCAGGUCGUCCUUGUUGUCUCUCUUACCGCACUCAUCAACUUUCCCAACCACUACAUGCGUGCGCAGUGCUCCGAGUUGGUAGCCAACCUCUUCACCGAGUGCUCAAAGAUGUUCGACGACCAGUUCGGGCUCUGCAAAACCGGCGCGGCGUCCGCCGGCACCAUCCUCCUCCUCAUUUCGGCCGCUUUGCUAGGCUUCGGCCUCGCAGCCAUUACCUUCGGGCUCCAGAUCCCGGCGGGCAUCAUCUUGCCGUCCAUGGCCAUAGGCGCGCUCACAGGACGCGCCGUCGGCAUCAUCAUGGAAAUCUGGCAAUUCAACCAACCCACCUUCAUCGCCUUCCGCUCCUGCGAACCCGACAUCCCCUGCAUCACGCCGGGCACCUACGCCAUCAUCGGGGCCGCAGCCGCUCUCGCCGGGGUCACGCGCAUGACCGUCUCCAUCGUGGUCAUCAUGUUCGAGCUCACGGGGGCGCUGACCUACGUGCUGCCCAUCAUGGUGGCCGUGAUGAUCUCCAAAUGGGUCGGCGACGCAUUCUCGCGGCGGGGCAUCUACGAGUCGUGGAUCCACUUCAACGAGUACCCCUUCCUGGACAACUCGGAGGAGACGACGCCGAUCCCGGACAUACCGGCGUCGCAGAUCAUGACGCGCAUCGAGGAUCUCGUCGUGCUCACCGCCACGGGCCACACGAUCGCGUCCCUGUCUGCCAUCCUCGAGUCCCACCCCUACCGCGGCUUCCCCGUCGUCUCGGACCCGCGCGACGCCAUCCUGCUCGGCUACAUCUCCCGCGCCGAGCUGGCCUACACCCUGCACGCGGCCACGCAGCCACCGCGCUCGCUGCCCCCGGAGACGGAGGCCUUCUUCGCGCACCAGCCGCUUGCCGAUCCGCGCACCACGCUGGACCUGCGGCCGUGGAUGGACCAGACGCCGCUCACCCUGCCGAGCAGGAGUCGGCUGCACCUGGCGGUCAGCUAUUUCCAGAAGCUGGGGCUACGGUACGUGUUGUUUGUGGAUAGGGGGGCCCUGCAGGGGUUGUUGACCAAGAAGGAUGUGUGGUAUGUGCUGAACGGCGCGGAGGAGACGAGGCGCACGAGCUUGAUGGCUGAGACAGGGGACGGUGAAGAGAUGCAUAGAGGUGGCGGGAGUGCAUUGCGUACGGGCGUGGCGAGGGAGGAUGGCGAGGGCGAGAGUGCCGGUUUGUUGCGGGCCGUUGGCUUAGCCGAUGAUGGGGAAGCGCCCGCUUUGAGUCCGGGGUUGGAUCGCGGGAGUAUAUUGUAGACGGGGUUUUGAUUCGAUUUAGACGUGAGAUACGACCGUAUCGAGAGGGUUACCUAGUUGUUCAAGCGCUGUGAGUGAUUCAGGUGCAUGAACCUAGGCUCAGGGAGUUAAUUGCCUGAAGC